AUAACAUUAAUAAAUAUUCGAGACAUAUCACCUAUGACAUCACGUUCUGUGAAAUGCAGAUAUUAUAUGUACCUCUCUGUAGAGAUGCUCAUAAUUUCACUAGGUCACAGAGUCUGUGAGCCGCCAGUGGAGUAUACAAGAACAAGAUGCAUGUUGUCGAGCCUUGGCCUUUUGAAAUACGAGAAGAACUUUGAGGAAGGCUCUUUAACAGACAAUACUCUACCUCUGCUUACUGACAGUGUUCUUAAAGAUGUGGGAGUCCCUCCUGGACCAAGGCUCCUAAUACUUGACCACGUUAAAAGGGAUCCUGAAGUGAAAAAGAUGGGGGAAGAACAUGCUGGAUGAAACUAAUGGUAAGUGAUUAAGUUUAUAAGCUAACCAAGGAUAGCUCAGUUGGCCAGUGGCCUCCGUCUCAUACUUGAUUUUGUUUACAAGCUGUUUUUUUAGUGUUUUAUGGUUCUGUAUAUAGCUCAACACAACAAUGCUUCAGACAACAAUGUUUAGUGACACUGAUAGUGAACAGUGAAGGUUAAUCUUUUAUGUAGGGAGAUAUAUAUAGUAUAUGUUAUGUUAUUUGGUAGUAGUUUUCUCUC